UGAGUACGCGUUUGGCGUAUAGACAGACAUAUAACUUUCAAUUUGUUUUUUUUUACUUAAAAGAAAUUUUCCAUCUACUUCUCCGGGAGUCUGGUAACAGCUUACAUCUUACAUCUCAUGUAUCCAUUAGUUCAGGAAAUUUCCCGGUGAAGAAACCAAUUAAGCAAAAGCCUCACAUUUCGAUCAUAUUUAAUGGCUCACCUGUGGUCAAGUCAACACAGUCCCAAUCAGUGGGUAUAAACCUAUGAUUCAUACCUUUUGUUGGGUUUCUAUUGUCUUUGAAUAGUCCCACCCAAGAAGGCUUGCUACACAUAGAAAAGUGCAACCUUUAGGACUUGUAUGUUUUGUGUAUUGCCACCUUGAAUCAUACUUUUUCUAUAAAUAGAAUCAAUUAUUUCUGUAAUCAUAAACUCAAACCACGGUGGUCACAUAUAUGUGCAUUCUUUUUUCUAAAAUCAAUUGAAACCAUGGCCUACAAUGAUUUGCUUUACCAAACAAGACUUGGGCUCCGUUUGGAAUCAUAAUCGGAUGAAUGCUCACACUCAGCAGCAGGUUUUGCAUGUAAUGUACUUGCGUAGCUUCCUAAUUGGAUUAUGAACUGAUCAUCUCCAAUUCUACCUGAAUAAUAUGGGCAGACAAAAUGCUUUCCUGUCUAAGGCAAUCGUCAUCAUCCAUAACAACCAGAAAUACCCAAUUUUCACAGUCAAGCAUGGACGGGAUUUCAGCUGCAAACACACCAAGGUCAAGUGACCAAGCCACACCUUCCUCUGUCAACCUCACCCUAGAAUAUACCCUCGCCAUUAAAACCGCUUCCUAUUGUGAAAUAUGGUCCAAGAUUCACUACAAAGUCUCAUCUUACCAUGAUGAUGGAGAGGAGGAACCACCCCAAGUAGAUAUACAAGAGAUCCUUAAACCAAGUCAUGAAUGUGUCAAAGAUGCACUUUCCCACAUUAGACCCAAUGACACCUUAAGCCAAUUUGUCAUCAACUACUUUGAACAUAGUGAACAAACGUUUCGGUUCUGUCUUUUCCUUGCCCAGUGCAUAAAUCGCGCUCACCGCUUGUAUUCCCCUCUUCAUAAGCUCAUUGAUCUAUUUUCCAUAGAUCCUGAAACCCUUACAAACUCUGCUCAUAGUAACAAGGUUGAUCCUAACUUAUCCCCAACCCAUUGUGAGUGGGUAUUUGAUGCCUUUCAUGAGUUCGAGAAACUAGACAAUCCCUUCCCGGGCCCAGAAUCCCAUAGCUUCAGCAACAUGCAUAGCUCCUUCACUCAACUCAAGCAAUAUCUUGAUGUUCACCUGCAAAAGUCGCGCUCUAAGGUGCAACUUAUCCGUGGUGCCACCAAGGGCACUGCCAUAUGCUUAAUUGUAACUACUUUUGGGGUAGUCUUAACCGCCGUUUUUAUAGCUGCUCAUGCUCUGGUUGCCUUGGUUGCUGCUCCAGUGUGCCCUCUUCUUAUCCCUUCUAAGAUGACUCAGGAAGAAAUGGCCCAUCUAGUCCAACUCGAUGAUGCAGCAAAGGGUUUGUUCGUCCUUCACAAUCACCUGGAAACUGUUGAUUGUUUGGUGGCUCGUUUGCAUAAUGCGAUGGAGGACUAUAAGCGCCUUGUCCGUUUCGGGAUUGAAAGAGGAAAGGACAGUUAUCCCAUCCAAGAGGUCAUUUGUCAACUCCAAAAAAAACACGACAAUUUCCUUGAACAGUUGACUGGUCUUGAGGAACAUUUGUGCCUUUGUCUUGCUGCAAUAAACCGGGCCCGGUCUCUCCUCCUUAACUAUUUUCAUCUUCAUCAACAUCAUUCUUCAUAGUUUGUUUUUUAACACAUAACGGCAAAUUGUUCUUUACCGCUUCCAUUGGAGGAAAUUCUAUAUUUGUUUCACGUGAAACCAGUUUUGUUGAAAUGACUGAAUUAUUUUCAUAACAUAUUGUAAUUAGUCAAAGAAAAUAGUGGUAGAAAUGUCAAUUUUAUCAGUAUAUAGCUAAAAAAAGACUCGUGAGCUACUGAUUUUUAGUUAUAAAAAUUACUUUCAUCAAACGUGCUCUCAAAGUUGAGGCAUUUGUAAUACUUC